CGCUUGUAGCGGAAGCGCCGCACGCGUGAUGUGUGGGGCAUAAUGGUGGAUAGGUAGGGAGGCGCGUUAGCUCGCUGCUUGGUCCUUUUCCAGUCGGUGUCGUGGGAUUCCCUCUGACUCACGCGAUAGUCGCUCUCUGGCGCUGCUCAUUCAGUCUCAACGACGCCCUGGACCACCGCAAAAUGCCAAAUAUCAAAAUAUUUAGCGGGAGCUCCCACCCGGACCUGUCGCAGAAGAUAGCCGACCGGCUGGGUCUGGAGCUGGGGAAGGUCGUCACCAAGAAGUUCAGCAACCAGGAAACAUGCGUGGAGAUCGGGGAGAGUGUGCGAGGUGAGGACGUCUACAUUGUCCAGAGCGGCUGCGGGGAGAUAAAUGACAAUUUGAUGGAGCUGCUGAUCAUGAUAAACGCCUGCAAAAUCGCCUCGGCGUCCAGGGUCACCGCUGUCAUCCCCUGCUUCCCGUACGCUCGGCAAGACAAGAAGGACAAGGUGGGGAGCCGGGCGCCAAUCUCUGCCAAGUUAGUUGCCAACAUGCUGUCAGUGUCUGGUGCGGAUCAUAUCAUCACCAUGGACUUGCAUGCCUCUCAAAUACAGGGUUUCUUCGACAUCCCUGUGGAUAACUUGUAUGCCGAGCCUGCUGUCCUCAAGUGGAUCAAAGAAAAUAUACCUGAAUGGAAGAACUGCACUAUCGUUUCACCAGAUGCUGGGGGCGCUAAAAGGGUCACCUCCAUAGCUGACAGGUUGAAUGUGGACUUCGCUCUCAUUCACAAAGAGAGGAAAAAGGCGAAUGAAGUGGACCGCAUGGUGCUUGUGGGAGACGUGAAAGAUCGAGUAGCCAUCCUGGUCGAUGACAUGGCUGACACUUGCGGUACAAUCUGCCACGCCGCAGACAAGCUGAUUUCAGCUGGUGCCACAAAGGUGUACGCCAUCCUCACCCACGGCAUUUUCUCUGGCCCUGCAAUCUCGCGCAUCAACAAUGCCUGUUUCGAGGCUGUGGUGGUCACUAACACAAUUCCUCAGGAAGAAAAGAUGAAGCAUUGUUCCAAAAUCCAGGUGAUUGACAUCUCCAUGAUCCUGGCCGAGGCCAUCCGUAGGACUCACAACGGAGAGUCUGUGUCCUAUUUGUUUAGUCAUGUCCCGUUGUAAUGAGCGAUUGUGAAGUGCUGUUACACCAAAACGAAAAUCAGAUAUCCCUCCAUACAGACAAGAAGAAGAAAGUGACAUUAAAAAGAUCAUGUCUGUUACACACCUCCUCUGCUUGCUCCCACGGCAGUGCGUCCUCUCCUGGACGAGCACCAAAGUAAACAAAUGAUGCCGUCAUCUCAGUGUACAUGGAUGAUUCAUCCCCCUCUCUCCUUUUCAGGGGAUUUUAAAAUCAUUUAAUUAAAUGCGUCAGCGACAUGAGAGCCCCAACAAUGGUUAUCAGGAGAAAAGACUUACCUUCUGUUACAUUUUUUUGUUUGUCUAGUCCUUCAUGUUGACCUUGUACCCUCUGGCGUCUGAAAGGAUAUAACAAAGUGAAUGUGUAGUGAAAUAGUUUACAGUGCCACAGAAGCUCCACUCAACCAAGAGUGCCUCCAAAGUGUGAAACGGCAAAGCUUGUAUUGAUUUGUAUUCCUCUUUUUUUGCUGCUUUAUUUUCUCAGCUGACAGAAAGUUGGCUCAGGUUGUGAACUGGGUGAUGACUCUCGAGGUGCACUCAUUGAGUGGGGUUUGCCCGGCUUCAGUGUGUGGGUUUGGCUCUCUGCUGGCUGGAGCUUCCUUAUACAUCCUGCACCUGCUUUUCUGUUCGUGUUCCAAAUCUUUCUUUUUGUUAGUUGGAUCCACCAGUAAACUGAGGAUGUGUUCUUAAUAAAAAUGAAUGUUACAUUUUAUGACUGCAUUUUUUUUCUGUUUUAAAUGUCUCACACACUCGUAUACUGCCACUAACGUAAAGCUCUGACGUCUUCUCCUUUUACCCGAUCAUGCUUCAUGUCCACUCACACUCUCCAUAUUUGAGCUGAUUUAUUCAUUUCUGAUCUUUUGUAGUCGCUGCAUGCAGCCCUUCUCUUAUUUUAAAAUGUUUUAUUUUCUGUACUAUACAAAAUAAAAUGGAAAUUCACCCUAAAUUUCUGAAAUGUAGUUGUGUAGAAGGAAUUGUUGGGUUGAGAAAAUGAUUCAUGCCAAACAUGUAGAUGUGUAAAACAAUACAGUAUGAAUGACUGAUAAACGUAUGCCCUUCAUUCCACCUCUACCUUCUGGUUUUCUUCUGCAGCGUAAAAAUUGCAGUCAGGCCUUUUGCUGACUCAUGGUAUGAUGCGAUGUUGGGGACGGCAUCACCCAUAACUCAUGUGGAAGCC